AUGUUUACUGGUGCAGGAAUUUACGAGCUACUCACCACCCCAAUUCCUGAUGUGGCUAUCGAGAUGCUGCUUGACGGUGAUCCGAUGAAAAACGGAAUUAACUUGGUCACCAUCAUAUCGCUGCUCUACGACGCCCUAUGCAACUACUUCCAAGCCUGCCACAUCUAUGUUCCUCCUAAGCCACGAUACCCCUGCACGGUCAGGGACAUGCUGUCGUGGCUCUCCGGGCUGCAGUAUACACGUGUUGCUGACAAGCUGCCAGGCCACUGCAAGGCGUUGCUCAACCGCCGGUGCCACGACAGCUACACCCCCAACAGGGACGAUCCCAUCAUGGCCAAGUGCAUUGGUGAGCUACCAUAUACCAUCGCAACAACGUGUUCACACUCCACCGCCUUGCUCACCGCCAUCCAGGGCAACGGCCACGGCUUCGACCUCGCCGCAUACCCGUAUUCGGUGGACUUCUCCAACAACCGUGCCAGGCUCCACUACCCAGCUGACCCUGACGCAUUAUUCGAUAUGUUACGUGAGAUAGUGUGCCGCCUUUGUAAAGUGCUCUACUUCCUGUACUCCCAGUGCUGCCGCAGCACCGCCCGGGUCAAGGGGUGGAGGGAGUGCGCGUACGGUAGACAGGUGCAGUCACACCACUGGCAGUGUAAACAAAUCGGCACUUACUCUAGUACCAUCAGUAAUACUACUGCUGCAACUACUACAACUACCACUUCCUCCACCUCCAAUCCCGGCUGCCCUCCCACCUCGCCGCUCCAGUCGUUCCUCUGUGACUGCUGCCACGGACUUCUGCCGCAUGCCCUCACUACUGCUGACAUGACCAUCGAGUGUGCCAACUGCGCCGCUAACCAACUCGGCCAGCAGUGCCUUACCCCAAUGGGCUUCUGGAACCUUGGCUUUGCUGCCUCCAUAAGUGGCACCGGCUGGGACCUGGUCAAGCGCCUCGGAGAUAUGUGCCGUAACGCCGACUCAUGCCUGUUUGUACUGUGCCGGACUCUGUUCUAUCUGCGUCCCACUGCACCCUCAUCGCUCGCCGACGUGUUUGCAUUGUAUGCUCAGGUGCUACGGAAGUGGGACAGUCAUGACUGGCAGGAGCACCGUGGCGGAACGUGCUCCGAUGCCUCACUGUUCUGA